AUGGCAACAGUAGGGAGGGAGUCGCGCUUCAUGCCGACAGUUAAAUCCCAGAAGCAACAACCCCGGCCGCCUCCCCAGGUGGACACUUCGGCGGCUAGUACGCGUUACCCCAAGCCCGGCCUGCUGAAUCUUGCUGACAGUGGACUAGAUCGCUCAUAUAUGGGCCAAACUCAGCUUACACCCAUCAGCCAAGAGAAUAGCAUAUCGCCGCAAACCCCAAUUGGGCAGUCAGAGACCGGCAAAACCGAUGAAUACUUUACGCCAGAAAUUGCGGACAACUCUCCGCCACAGUCGAUGCGACCGGGUGGAUAUGGAGGAUUUGGGGGCAGUACUACCUUCGAGGACUCGGGCUUCCGGGCAUACGUUCCAAAAAAACAGGAGCCGGAUUUGUUGGACAGCACGGCUAGCCCCUUCGGCCAAGCCCGCCGACCUUCAGCAGCCGGUCUUGGUGCACCUGGAGGCGCCGACGAGCGUCCCGGCACCUCGGCCUCUAAUGCUAGCAGCAGCUCCGGGAGCGGAAGACUGCCAAAGCCACAAAAAGGAUAUGGGGGUUUUGGCCCGCCCCCGAAAGCGUCGGAAAACGGCCUUGACCUGCCCACGACGCCGAAUAGAUCCGAGACGUUUCCCCGACCCAGCGAGCGCUUCGCCCCACCCCCUCGCACGCCGACCGCUCCGCUGUCUUCCGCAGCAUUGCGGCCGGAUCGACUGCAACCCCCGCUGGAUUCUCCGGGCGCACCUGACGGACGGUCUCCGAUUACGAGCCCCAGGAGACCGAGCAGAGGGCCGGAUACCUCUCGGCCACCGCCACCACGAACCAGCGCGAUUCGGCCGACGACCCCUGUCGUACCAACCAUCAAUCUGGCCGAGGAGUUUGGGAUUGGGAACCCGUACCACAACCCGUCGGAAUCAACGUCAUCAACCAACUCUUCGGAAGACAGCAGUCAGCCGGAACGCCGGCCCAGUCAGGCGAGUCAAACGAGCCAGGCCAGCUCGCGAACAAGCCCGCCAAGGUCUCUAGGCUCUCGGUCGGGGAAGAGCCCCUCUGAUACAUCAAGUCUCGAUAACUUGAUGACGGAUAUCCAAUCUUCCAUGACUGACAUAAAACCAAAGCCACCAAUGCCAGCGCCCCUGAUGAUCCCGUCGGGGGGGACUGGGGGCCGCCCCUCGCCUUUGAGCGCGCGGCCGCCCCGCUCAGGAGACCGAGGGUAUGACCCGCGUAUCGACCCUGCAAUCCAAAACCCGCGCGUUGGUCAAGACAGGGCUCCCUUGCCGUCGCCGAUGCCGGACAGACCACUCCGAGACAACCUGACAGUCCAAAUACCCAAUGACAUCAUCCUCUCCCCCAGCACACCUGGCUUCCCCUCUCCAGGAUGGGCCGCCUCACCCGACGGGGACGAGCAGAUUAGCGAGAGACGCCCUUCGGAGGCAUAUCCUGAACUACCAACCCCAGUACAAUUCCAACCGCCGUGGAAACGGCAACAACAACAGCAACAACAACAAUCACAACAACCACCACAACAAGAAGCACCGAAGCCCUCACGCCCACGUUCUCGCUCUCGCUCCCGUGAGCCAACUCCCACCUCAGCGCGCGGCGAUUGUAAAGCCUGUGGUCUCCCGAUCAAGGGCAAGUCCAUAUCGAGCGCGGAUGGUCGUCUGACAGGCCGGUACCACAAACCGUGCUUUGUCUGCUCGACCUGCCAGAAGCCCUUCUCCUCGUCCACCUUCUACGUACUUGAAGACAGGCCAUACUGUGAGCUCCACUACCAUAAGCUCAACGGCAGCCUCUGCGGAAGCUGUGGCAGGGGUAUCGAGGGCCAGUACCUCGAGGACGAGUCCUCGGUGAAGCACCACGUUGGAUGUUUCAAGUGUGGCGAGUGCGGGAUGGCAUUGAGGGAUGGAUACUUUGAGGUGAAUGGGAAAGCUUAUUGUGGAGACGACGCAUGGAGGCUCGCCGGCGGUGGACCGGGUGAUGCUCCAGGUAGUAUAGGGGGCAGGGGUGGGAUGGGCGGUCGGGGUGGCAGGGGUGGUAGAGGUGGCAGGGGUGGUGGGAUGGGGUUCCGGCCUCCGCAUAUGGGUUUGCCCGGUGGACCGAGAGGUGGCAUGGGCGGCGGCUACAACCCCAGCAGGUUGGGGCCGAUGGGACAGAAACCGAAGAUGGAAAAGAGGAUGACGAGGUUGGGAAUGAUGUGA